AUGGAAUUAGUUUUUAUUUACAUAAACGAAGAAGUUUGUGCGAUCGAUCAAGAGGGAACAAGUAUGGCGAAACAAAGUGAAAUAAUGCACGAAUACACCACGCUCAAUGAUGAUUUCACAAAAAGGCUCAAGGACGAAAAUUGCAAACAAGAUGAAAGAGAAGUGGGAGAGAAAAGGCCGAUGUUAGAGUCACCAUCACCGCGAAAACCGAAAGAGUCGGAGGAAAAAAAGAAGACAAGAAGACAAGAAGAAGAAUUUGGAAACUGGCAUCUUAUAAUCUAA